AUGAUCAAAUAAUUUAUUUUCAAGGGCAAAGAGAUGGUUAAGAUCUGUUUAGAAUACAUCUAUUAUUCAGUUUUGAUGAAGAAAAAACUGGAAUAGCCUUAGUAAGUUGAUUAUUAUCAGAAUUGGAUUAAACUAGAUCUAAAAUAAGAGAAGAUAAUUUAUCAUUAAGGAGGGUGUUAUUUUUGGAACAGACAGAUUUAAAUUUGACGGAGAAAUGAUUAUUGAUAAAUUAGAUAACAAGGAAUCAAUAAAGUAUAUUUGAUUGGUGGAUUGUGUUUUAGGAAGAGUGCUAAAUAAUUACACUCUAUUAUAAAGAAAGAAAUCUAAACAUUAGUAUUGUUUUAAUCCUUAAAAGCAUAAAAAAUAAAUUCAAAUUAUUGAAAAACACUUUUUAGAUUUAAACCUUUUUUGCUAGUAUUAAUUUUAUUUAAUUUAUAUAACAAAGGAAGCUCAAAAUUGAUUAAAAGUAGCAUAUUAAGUCACUCAUUCUAUAAAUUAUUCAGUUAAAAUAUUUAGGUUAUGGGGAAGUCAAAGAAUUUUUAGCAUUGAAUGCUUCAUUAGCAUUUAGAUGUUUAAUCAUAUGUUUAGUUCCUGAAUUUGAUCUAAAAAUGAUUAUUAUAAUAUGUUUAUUAAAGUCUGUAAUAGUAAUAGCAGAGUGUUAGCUGCUAGAUUACAAAAUUAAAUUAGCUUAAAAUGCUUAUCAUGCAACUAUGGCUGAUUUCACUACUAGAUUUGCUAUUCUUGGUCAUGUUAGCAAUAAAAAUGCAUGA